AUGUCGUCCUCGCUACCCGAGUGCAGUUACUUCGUGCUGAACUCGUCCUCAGGCCAGGUCGAGGAGGAGCCGUGCGUCGAGUGGGACUUCGACAACUCCACCUUCAGCUCCACCGUUGGCACUGAGGUAAUCUUUGAUUCAGACCGUUUGGUAAGCGGUGUUGGUGCCUGUGACUUGGCGGUGACAAAGUUCCAGCUUGCCUGCGGUUGGGAGUACCUUCGCUCGACGUACCAAAGCAUCUACAUGUUCGGCGUCACGAUCGGGGCGCCGUUCAACGGGGUUCUGGCCGACAGGUACGGGCGUAAGAUGACAGUGGCCGUGGGUUUUGUCGCCUACUCCGCCCUGGCCAUCGGCUCCUGCUGGAUCCCCAACCUCUCGGCUCUCCUGCUCUCGCGCUUCCUCAUGGGCGCCGUCCACCCCACGAUACAGAAGACGGGAUAUAUACUAGAACCCCCCGCCUUCGCACCAUCACCCUCAGCCUGUACACCAACUACCUACUGGUGGGUGCUGUGUACUUUCGGCCUCUCGCUCAGCGGCGGCGACCUGAGCUCCGACCCGUUCCUGUACAUGGUGCUGACGGGGGUCGUGGAGCUGCCGGCCUACACGCUGGUCAUCCCCCUGGUGGCUCGCUACGGCAGGAGGGCUCCCGUUGUCGCCUUCUUCUUCAUGGGCGCCGUGGCUCUUCUCGCUCUGCCCUUCGUGCCCACGGGUAGUGGGGAAUCGAUGACCUUAGCGCUUAUGGGGAAGAUGAGUAUCGCUUCGGCCUUCCAGAUCCUCGACUUUUACUCCUCAGAGCUCUUUCCCACCGAGGUUAGGACGAGGGGCAUGAGCACAGCCCUUGUCAUGUCAAGGGUGGGGUCUACUUGUUCGCCUUUCAUCACGGACUACUUGCAGUUCGGGGCGGCGUCGGUGCUCGCGGGGCUGGCCACGCUCGCCCUGCCGGAGACGCUGCACGUGCCUCUCCCGGACACACCAUCGCACACCUGGAGGAGCGGGAGAUCAGGACCAGCGGGUUCCUGCGACUCCCUGUCCGCGAUCCCAGAAUCCCUACCAUUUACGUCAGCCAAGUGGAUUAGGGGAUUCCACUCCUAG